GGGCGCAGAAAGGCGCGCGGCGAGCUGCUGUCUCGCCUCGCCUCCCGGGCCGCCCCUGCGAGCCCCGAGCGCGUGAGCACGCCUGCGCGCGCCCGGGCCCUUCCUGGCAGGCUACUUGUAAGACGAGUGAAGAAGCAGGUGGGGGAGAGGGGAGGCAGCAAGCGAGAGCGCGAGGGGAGCGCGGGCGCUGAGCGGCGCUCACUUGGAGCGCAGCAAGCUAGCGAGACAACCCUGAUUCCAUGUCCCCCGCUGCCACCCUGCCAGGCGCGCGAAGAUGAUGGCCAUGAACGCCAAGCAGCCUUUCGGCAUGCACCCGGUGCUGCAAGAACCCAAAUUCUCCAGCCUGCACUCCGGCUCCGAGGCCAUGCGCCGAGUCUGUCUCCCAGCCCCGCAGCUGCAGGGUAAUAUAUUUGGAAGCUUUGAUGAGAGCCUGCUGGCACGCGCCGAAGCUCUGGCGGCGGUGGAUAUCGUCUCCCACGGCAAGAACCAUCCGUUCAAGCCCGACGCCACCUACCAUACCAUGAGCAGCGUGCCCUGCACGUCCACUUCGUCCACCGUGCCUAUCUCCCACCCGGCCGCGCUCACCUCGCACCCGCACCACGCCGUGCACCAGGGCCUCGAAGGCGACCUGCUGGAGCACAUCUCGCCCACGCUGAGCGUGAGCGGCCUGGGCGCCCCGGAGCACUCCGUGAUGCCCGCACAGAUCCAUCCACACCACCUGGGCGCCAUGGGCCACCUGCACCAGGCCAUGGGCAUGAGUCACCCGCAUGCCGUGGCUCCGCACAGCGCCAUGCCCGCGUGCCUCAGCGACGUGGAGUCAGACCCGCGCGAGCUAGAGGCCUUCGCCGAGCGCUUCAAGCAGCGGCGCAUCAAGCUGGGGGUGACCCAGGCGGACGUGGGUGCAGCUCUAGCCAAUCUCAAGAUCCCUGGCGUGGGCUCGCUCAGUCAGAGCACCAUCUGUAGGUUCGAGUCUCUUACUCUCUCUCACAACAACAUGAUCGCGCUCAAGCCGGUGCUCCAGGCUUGGCUGGAGGAGGCUGAGGCUGCCUAUCGUGAGAAGAACAGCAAGCCUGAGCUCUUCAACGGCAGCGAGCGGAAGCGCAAACGUACGUCCAUUGCUGCGCCGGAGAAACGCUCACUCGAGGCCUAUUUCGCCAUCCAGCCACGUCCUUCAUCCGAGAAGAUCGCGGCCAUCGCUGAGAAACUGGACCUUAAAAAGAACGUGGUGAGGGUCUGGUUUUGCAACCAGAGACAGAAACAGAAACGAAUGAAAUACUCGGCUGUCCACUGACUGCGGUGGGGAGCGGCGCUGGGAGCUGGGAGGCCUAGUGCGCAUCCCCCCACCCCCGGGUUGUGGGGACUGUCAUGGGGAACUUCAAGGCGCUUCCGGGCAGGUUAGGCUCUCCCCCCACGAAGGCACAGACUUUCCCCUUUAUCCUGCCAGGUGGCCUCCCGGUCUUCCUUUUCUCUUUCUUUUCUAACCCCACCAAAAACGUUUUGGCACUCGGAAAAAAUUCAAGAAGGGUGGGCCAGGAGGAACGUGCGCUGUCCGUGGUGCUGAAAUCUGCCCUGGACCGCUGAACGGCUCCACCUGGGGACAGAAGCUGCGAAGCAGAAAAUGGUGAAUUGGCCCGACCGCCCGAAGCUAGGGGAAAAGCGCACUUUACUAAGCGCAGGGUAAAGGGAUGGAAAGGAAGUGAUAAAUAAUACAAAGUUUAGAAUAUCGAAAUGGGACACAAACAUGUGCUGGAGAUUUAUUAGAGUAUAUAAAAUACACGUAUGUUUCCAAAGGAUAGCCUUAUGCUCCCUUCCUUGCUUACAUUCUACCCUUCUUAUCCUUUGGUUUGCUGUAAGUUCUCGUAAGGUAGCAUGAAUAUUAGGUUCAGGGAAAGUGUGGGGAGUUUCAGACUUCCAUCUCUUAUUCUCUGUGGUAGGUGGAGCUCUAGAAAAGGUGAGCCCAGUCUGGGGACUGAAAACGCUGGGAUUGUAGUACCACACCAGCCCUGGUCAUCCUUCGGGACCUGCUGGCAUUUGAGAGGUAAUUGCGGCUCGCUGGAGAGCAGGGGUGGGUCGUGUUCCGCACCUGCUGAGGACUCCCCGAUCCCGCUCGCUGCUUUUGCCAGAUUGCCAGCUGAGAGUAGAGCCGGCUGCUCCAAAGUGACCGUAACUUCUCCACAUCAUAUGCAAGUCCUUCCAACACAUCUAACCUCGUUGGCCUUUUAUUAUUAUUGUCGUUAUUAGCAUUGUUAACUUCUAUUCUUUAUUUAACUCCCCUUCUUUCCAUUCCCUUUGUGUGAGUGUCUCUCAGUGGCAGUUCACUUACAGGUGUGCUCCAGAAAAGGAGCAAAACUGGUGGCCCGGACACUUCUCCCCCCUGCUCCUCUGGUCCAGUCGUAUUUUAUUUUUUUGUUGCUUUAUGGAGUUUGCGUGUUGCCGUGUGACCUUUGGUUUCAUUCUCCAAAUAGAUACAAAUAAAAUAUUAAAGAUUCUUUUCUCUUUACCCCUUGAAUUAAUUUCUUAAAUAAAUGCUUUAUUUUUCAACCCGAA